AUGACAGAUUCACGUGCUUCUAAAAAAAUGGUUUCAGAACAUCGAUUCUUGAUAUCGACGUACUCGUUAUUCCUCCACAAAUUAAAAGUCACUCAUGAUCCUGGGACGACCACCUUCCACGAAAUCAUUCUGCUCUCACCCAUAUUGUCCCAUGAUGUCGCUAUCAAAAACCAACAGGCAAGAUCUUCAACGCCCUACUACUUCUCGCUGGUGCGCUCUUGGCUCUUGGUUUGUCUAACUGGUGAAGAGAGCGAUAGCUUGCGAUGA